UUAUUUUUUUCUCCUUCUCUUUUAUAUACACUUCCAUUGGGCAUCCUUCUCCUUGUGCUCUGCCAUCUCUCCCCUCCCCUACACUUGGUUCAGCAAUAAAAAGAGAACAAAAGAGAAUCCGAGAAGCUUCUGUAGCCAUCAAGAUCAUGUCAGGCAGAGGUAGGAGGAUAACAGAUGAGGAGAUCAAUGAGCUAGUCUCUAAGCUUCAGUCACUGCUCCCCGAGUCCCGCCGCAGGAACAUAGGCAGAGCAUCUGCAUCGAAGCUACUGAAGGAGACAUGCAGCUACAUCAAGAGCUUGCACCGAGAGGUGGACGGUCUGAGCGACCGGCUUUCCGGCCUAAUGGCGACGAUGGACAGCGACAGCCCUCAGGCCGAUAUCAUUCGGAGCCUCCUCAGGUCCUAGGGAGAGUCAAUACUGUCAUUUUCAUCCUUGUUUAAUUUAGUAUCACCCCCAGGAGAUCUGAGGGUCAUACAUGGUGUCCACAGUUUCUGAUGUGUGUUUGUUUAUCUAGUUCACCGGUACAUGCGUUUGAUGUUGUUGCAGCUG